AUGGCAGGGCGUCGCUUCCAGCUGCAGGAGCAUAGAGGCUGCAUGCCUUUUUCGCUGGGGGAGUUCGGCGACACCGAUGCUGCGCAACUCCCGCGUGCGCAGGAGGGUACGGCGAGCGGCAAGACAUCCCACGUGUGGAUGGAGGGCGCCACUGGAGAGGAGACGGGCGGGCGGAGGAUGGGAAAUGCUGCUGCAGAAGCAGUUGUGUCCGGGGCGAGGGUGGCGCAGAUGGCAGCCGGUGACAACGGUUCGGCGAUUGAAGAAGCCUGCGAGGGGGAGGCUGGCACGCUACUCCAUCAUCCUCGUGCGUCUGCCGCCGCAUCGCCGUUGCGUGUUGCCACAGCCUGGACGACGAGAACACUGACGCAGGCAAAGUCCGCCUCCCGAUCACCAUGCACCACCUCCUUUUCGUAUGCCCGCCAGCAGGAGGCGAGGAUGUGGCGCCUGAACGAGGGGACCAAACCCAUACGGAGUGUCGCAUCCGACGCCCUUUGA